CAUGUUAAAUAAACUUCUAUGAAUCCUUAAUUUAAGAAGUGGGUUCUAUCCUUAAUUUGAGGGAUUAGACCCUAAUUAAAAAUAGACUCGAUAGGAGAGACAUAGCAAUCAAUUAACAAAAGUUUAAGUCCUGCUUGUAUAUAAGUAAGCAAAUGCAUCAAGCCUAUGCAUGACAUACAUGCUUGAUAUAAUUAUUGAGUUAUAUCACAUAUUGUGUCUAUUUGUGUGAGGAAGAAAUAGAUAUGGGUAGCAUAGCAAGAACAUGGAGAGAACUUAGUGGGAAAAGUAAGUGGAAAGGUCUAUUGGAACCUUUACACAUUGACCUACGUAGGUAUUUACUACAUUAUGGACAAUUUGCUCAAGCUACAUAUGAUGGUUUCAACUUUGAAAAGGCAUCUAAGUAUGCAGGUAAUUGUCGUUAUUCUAAAAAGGAUUUUUUUUCCAAAGUAUAUUUGGAAAAAGGUAAUCCUUUCAAGUAUUCUGUGACCAAGUAUUUGUAUGCAACUUCCAAAGCAAGAGAUAGUGCAGCGUUUCUCUUAACUUCAAUAUUUUCAAAGGAUGCUUGGAGUUUGGAAACAAAUUGGAUGGGGUACGUUGCUGUUGCCACUGAUGAAGCUAAGGAAGCAUUGGGGAGGAGGGACAUAGUUGUUGCUUGGAGAGGAACAAUUCAGGGUGCUGAGUGGGUUCAAAACUUUAAUAUUGAUUUGGAUCCUGCACCACUUAUAUUUGGUCCUAAAUCGGAUGUGCAGUUACACAAUGGAUUUUACUCUCUUUACACAUCAGAUAACUCAAGUUUACCAUUAGCUGAUUCUAGCGCUAGAAAACAGGUCUUAAACGAGAUUAGCAGACUUGUGGAGCUAUAUAAGAAUGAAGAAAUUAGCAUAACUGUAACGGGACACAGCUUGGGUGGUGCACUUGCAACUAUAAGCUCUAUGGAUAUAGUUGCUAAUAAAUUCAACAUACCAAAAGGGCAACCUCAAAAAACAUGUCCAGUCACAUUAUUUGCAUUUGGUUCACCUCGUGUUGGAAAUUCUAACUUUGAAAAGAUUUUCUCCGACAACAAUGAUUUGAGAGCAUUGUUUAUUCGAAACAACAACGACAUUGUUCCAAGUAGUCUACGCCUUGCAUAUUCAAAGGUGGGAGAGGAAUUAGAAAUCGACACUGAAAAAUCAAAGUACUUGAAGAGUGGUGUUAGUGAACAUAACAUGGAGGUUUACUUGCAUGGAAUUGCAGGAACACAAGGAAGCAAAGGAGGGUUCAAUUUGGAGGUGAAUCGUGACAUUGCACUAUUAAACAAAAGUAAUGAUGGUUUAAAAGAUGAGUAUCAUAUUCCUGAGAAUUGGAGGGUAGUGGAGAAUAAGGGUAUGGUUCAACAAUCUGAUGGUACUUGGAAGCUAAUGGAUGAUCAUAAUGAUGAUGUUCUAAUCAUGCGUGCUAAAUUGUAGGUUUGAAUUUCGUAAAAGUUAAUGAAUAAUUUGGCUUAGUUUGCUUGUUGUGUGUAUUUAUGUAUCUUUACAAGUUUUCAUCCUUGUUGUAAGGAUAGCUAAUCUUGAGUACAAGUUAGCUAUAUAUUAGCCUUGUAUUUUUAAUAAUGUUAAUCUUUACUUAUUGACAAUGGUUUAUAAAAAUUAAAUUGUUGUGCCA